UCCUGCCAUACGCAAGCAUGGCCGGCCCUAUUAGACAGCCCAUUGACUUGGACAGUCUCGCCAAGUAUAUCGACAGCAACGUACCAGAGAUCAAGACUCCUUUAGACGUGAAGCAGUUCGGCUACGGCCAAUCCAACCCAACAUACCUCCUCACCGACUCCCACAAAAACAAAUAUGUCAUGCGCAAGAAGCCCCCGGGCAAACUCCUCUCCAAAACCGCCCACCAAGUCGACCGCGAGUACCGAAUAAUAAAAGCCCUCCAAUCCACCCCCGUCCCCGUCCCCGACGCAAUCUGUCUCUGCGAAGACUCCACCAUCAUCGGUACACCCUUCUACAUAAUGUCCUUCCUAAACGGCCGCAUCUUCAGCGACCCCUCAAUCCCCGACGUCUCAGCAUCCGACCGCACCGAAAUGUGGAAAUCCGCCGUGACAACGCUCGCAAAAUUCCACACCGUCAAACCCUCCUCCGUCAACAUGUCCGACUUCGGCCGCCCCAACAAUUUCUACAGCCGCCAACUAAAAACCUUCGCGACCCUCUCCAUCACCCAGGCCGAAACGAAAGACAUAGAAACCGGUGAACCUGUAGGAGCAAUCCCGCAUUAUGACGAAAUGGUGGAAUUUUUUGGAAACAAAACCACGCAACCGACGGAUCGGGGCACGUUUGUGCACGGAGAUUAUAAAAUCGAUAAUAUGGUCUUCCACCCGACGGAGCCCUACGUGAUUGGAGUUUUGGAUUGGGAAAUGGCGACGAUUGGACAUCCUUUGUCUGAUGUGGUGAAUCUCACGUCUCCGUGGGUACACACUGGUCUCAAAACUUUACGAGCCAGUGAUGCUUUUCAAGUGGGUGUGACGCCAGGUCUUCCUACACGGGAACAAGCUUUGGAGUGGUAUCAUUCGGUUGUGGAUUGGGAGUUUUCGAAACAAGAGGUGACUUGGGGUGAUGCGUUUGGAUUGUAUCGCGGGGCGGUCAUUUGUCAGGGAAUUGCGGCGAGGUAUGCUGUGAGGCAGGCGAGUAGUGCUAAUGCCAAGGAGUUCGGGGCGCAGGCGGGGCCAUUUGGGGAGAUGGCAUGGAAGGCUGUGCAGGAUUGUCAGAGGCAGAGUGAGGAGGAGGGGAAGAAUGGGAAGGCGAGAUUGUGAUCUCGAAAGGAGUGAUCUGUUUGAGGUGCAAGAAGUAUUUGUGAGCCGACCUUUGGUUUGGUCUGGCGAAGAAGAUUUAUUGUGUGACCAGAGCACUUCAGAUAAGCCAUACAUGAAGCGAGUUCUUCAAAUAUGUCCAAUCUCAGGGAGCAGAGAAGUCUGUUAUUUACCUCUUCGCCCUGGUUCGUGCUGUGGUCCUGGUGGGCUUAAUUAUUUCCUCCUCGCUCAUGUCCUCAUCAAGAUCGUCAUCGUCAUCGUCAUCGUCAUCGUCAUCGUCAUCGUCAUCGUCCUUGUCGACCGCGUUGAAGUACUGGCUUUGGACUGGUGUAGCUUUCUUCGCUGUCCGGCCUGAUGUGCGACGAGCAGGUGGUGUACGUUUAGGAGGCGAUAUGAGCACUUGAGGUGAGCUGCGGCGCCGAUCUGCUUGUGUUGCUAUGAUCUCAUCCUCACUGUGCUCAUCUUCAUCGUCAUCUGCAGCAGAUACCCCUUCACUCUUUUCUGAGGCUGGAAAAUUGUCCUCUUCAUCAGUCGAUGCCUUUGGCAUUGCCACCUUGCGUUUAGGCUUCGUGCGACCAUUCGCAUUGGGAGUAGAGUUCCUUGCCUGAGCAGCCGAUUUCUUGGCAGAUGUGCGUUUAAAAGGCGGAGAAUUGUCGUGUUCAGGCCCACUUUCAAUAUGGACCUUGGCAGCGGACUGUAAGGACGUUGGCGUGAUAUACGCAGGG